GGAUUUCCCACUUCCGUCCCAGUUGCUUACGAUUUGGGUCUGCACCGGAAGUGCCUGUGCAGCAGAUGUGGUACCAACUGAGUGCUGUUUCGGUCGCUCUCCCAUCUUUCCCCGGCUGGGUAUUUGCGUCGCACCAUGGCGCCCAAGGGCAAAGUGGGCACGAGAGGGAAGAAGCAGAUAUUUGAGGAGAACAAAGAGACCUUGAAGUUCUACCUGCGAAUCAUACUGGGGGCCAAUGCCAUUUACUGUCUUGUCACCCUGGUCUUCUUCUACUCAUCUGCUUCAUUUUGGGCCUGGAUGGCCCUGGGCUUUAGUCUGGCAGUAUACGGAGCCAGCUACCACUCUAUGAGCUCGAUGGCAAGGGCAGCCUUCUCUGAGGAUGGGGCCCUGAUGGAUGGUGGAAUGGAUCUCAACAUGGAGCAGGGCAUGGCAGAGCACCUUAAAGAUGUGAUCCUACUGACAGCUAUUGUGCAGGUGCUCAGCUGCUUCUCCCUCUACAUCUGGUCCUUCUGGCUUCUGGCGCCGGGGAGAGCCCUUUACCUCCUGUGGGUCAAUGUACUGGGCCCUUGGUUUACAGCAGACAGUGGCGCCCCAGCACCAGAACACAACGAGAAACGGCAGCGCCGACAGGAGCGGCGGCAGAUGAAGCGGUUAUAGCCACUGACGUUGUGGCUACAGGUUUCUGGGCCCCGGGUGGCUCUAUCAGGCUACAUGGCCCCCAUGCCAGGAGCAAUGAGGGCCUAGUCCAAGGGCCAAAGGCAGUCUAAGGUAUAGGAUUGGUGAAUAAAUGGCUUACAAUGUGGAUAA